UAAAUCCCCCCCCCCCCCCAUCUUGAAAGCGUAGUUCCCGGAGCGGCCGCGAGAUGGCGUUGCCUCCCAGUGCACCCGAGGAACCCCCGAAGCGACUCCUCGAUGGCCUUAUUUCGCCUUAUUUAAGCCCCUUUUGAGCCCCUGCGGAGCGAAUAUGGGCGAUUAGAGGCCAAGGAAAGAUAUGCUACUGUGUAAAAAUGUGUACAUACCAUAUGCUGUAUAUAUUGAGAUACUCAGCAAAAAGCUGUGUAGGUUGUAAGAGCACAAUAACUUGAACUUUGUUUAUUUGUGCAAGGAGAUGGGUUGUUGGUGCAAUGUAGAGAAGAGUAAGAGGAAGACACUGCAUUUGUGUUUACGUUACGCUAUUCCUGAAAUGAGAGUUGUUGAGAAAGAAAGUAUGUGUUAAAGAGACGCUCGAUGCUAUAACACAUGAUGAUGGAGGCUAAGUGCCCAGUGAGAAACGGUGAUCUAGAGAGACAACUCCGUCUAAUCUUGCCGAAGCUUUAAAGAUGGAUUACAGCCGUUACAUCGUCCAGGUGUUUGUAGGGGCUCUGUCGCCACACUAUGAGGCCCUCUCUAUUGAGGUCAGCAAACAGACGACGGCGCAGGAGAUCACUGUUUGCAUUGUGGAGAGGCUUGGACUGUCCAACCCCCAGCAGUAUGAGCUAGCGGAGGUGAUUGGCAAUGCCCACGGCCAGGAGUGCAAGGAGCGGAGGCUAGGCCCUGUGGAGAACCCCGUGGCUCUGCAGAUGCUGUGGCCCCAGACGUCCAUCAUUGAGAAUCCAGAUGAUAACGACCAACAUGAGUAUAGAUUUUGCCUUAGAGAGAAGAUCUCAUCGGAUUCCUUGUGGGCGGAGCCAUCACAGCUUGACUCUCAGCUCAUUCGGGACUACUUCUACAAGUUUCUGUACCAGCCCAAAGACAAGGAUUACCCAGAUCUAUGCCAGCUGCCCAACCUCACAGAGCAGACCUUGCUAGAGAACCUGCGGGCAAGGUUCCAGCGGGGUUACAUCUACACAUAUGUGGGUUCCAUCCUCAUCUCAGUCAACCCCUUCAAGUAUUACCCCAUUUAUAAUCCCAAGUAUGUUAAGCUGUAUCAGAACCAUCGGCUGGGUGAGUUGCCCCCGCACAUCUUCGCCAUUGCCGAUGCAGCCUACCACUCCAUGCUCAAGCAGCGGCGGAACCAGUGCAUUGUCAUCAGUGGAGAGAGUGGCAGUGGAAAGACGGAGUCCACCCUUUUCCUCCUGCACCACUUGACUAUGCUCAGCCAGAAGGGGUCUCAUGGCAGUGGCGUUGAGCAGACCAUACUCAGUUCAGGGCCUGUUUUAGAGGCCUUUGGAAAUGCAAAAACUGCCCACAACAAUAACUCCAGUCGAUUUGGUAAAUUUAUUCAGGUCACAUACAAAGAAAAUGGCCUUGUUCAGGGGGCAUGUGUGCAGAAGUACUUGCUGGAGAAGUCAAGGAUCUGCUCUCAGGCAUAUAAUGAGCGCAGUUAUCAUGUGUUUUACUACCUUCUGGCGGGGGCGACUCCCCAGGAACGGCAUUCUCUCCACCUCCUCAAGCCCCCGGACUAUCGCUACCUCAACCAGAGCAAAUGUUAUACAAUUGAGGGUUGUGAAGAGCAGUUUGAGUUUUUAAGGCUGAAGCAGUCAAUGGAAAUGGUCGGGUUCACUGCCGACAAGCAGCACAGACUUUUUGCUGUGUUAUCAGCGGUCCUUCUUCUAGGUAACAUAGAAUUCCAGCCAAAGAAAUCCACUUACCACCACGAUGAGUCAGUGCUGGUGAGGAACCCGGAAUUGGUGAGCACGAUCUCAAGUCUCCUUGGGGUGUCUGAAGAUACGCUCAUGAACGCGCUCACUUCCAAGAAAGCACGGGUCCAGGGAGAGGUUCUAGUCAUGCACUAUCGCCUGGCAGAAGCUAUGGCUGCACGGGAUGCCUUAGCAAAGUGUCUAUAUGGGGCAUUAUUUGACUGGAUUGUUCUGCAGGUGAAUUACUCUCUCAUAACACUCAAAGAAUCUGCAAGUGAAUAUGGAGGAAAUUCCAUCGGCGUCCUUGACAUUUUUGGGUUUGAAGAUUUUGGUCAUUGCAACAGGUUUGAGCAGUUCUGCAUAAAUUUUGCAAAUGAACAUCUUCAGCACUACUUCAACCAGCAUGUCUUUGAGUACGAGCAGGAGGAGUAUCGACGUGAAGGAAUUUCUUGGACCAACAUUGAGUUUCAGGACAAUGUAGACUGUCUGGCACUCAUUGAGGGGAAACCCUCUGGUCUUCUAUGUAUUUUGGAUGACCAGUGCAGCUUCCCUGCCGCAACCAAUGAAACAUUCCUACAAAAGAUCAACACGGUCCACAAAGACAACAAGUAUUAUGAAAUUCCUCAGAAGAGGGAGUUAGCAUUUAUUAUUAAGCAUUAUGCUGGUAAAGUGAAGUAUCAGGUGAGUGAUUUUAGGGAGAAGAACUUGGACCUGAUGAGGCCAGAACUGAUUAGUGUGCUCAAAAACAGUCAGUAUAGCAUUGUGCGAGAAGUGGCAGGGGCUGACCCAGUUGCCGUGUUCAGGUGGUCGAUCCUUAGGGCAUUCUUCCGCGCCGUCAGUGCAUUCCAUGGUGCGGCUAUCAAGUACACAAAGCGGAAAGGGCAUGAUGACCAAAGAAAGACACCGAAGCAGAAGAUUAACAUUGACAACUCAAGGAUACUCGCAGCCAUCGAAAACACUCAAAACCGUUUGCGCAAGACUCGUCACAGUCGCUCGCGAUCCAGAUCUCAUGGCCCAAGACAUCAGAAGAACCUGAAAACAGUCAAAGCUCUUGCCCAAAGAACGCAGAGUCUCACCUCGCAGGGUCGUCUUCCUGGAUCCCGCAAGCCUCCGCAUACAGUAACAGGACAGUUCCAGCUGUCGUUACAAACACUCAUGGAGGCACUCAACACUGCAAAUCCCUUCUUCAUAAGAUGUAUAAAGAGCAAUGCAAAUAAGGAACCAAAUGUUUUUGGAGAUGAAAUGGUGACACGGCAACUGCGCUACACUGGGAUGCUGGAAACAGUCAGGAUUCGUCAAGCUGGCUUCAAUGUCCGGCUUUCCUACGAUGAGUUCAUUCAUCACUACCGAAUACUGUUACCAAAGGGCUUGCUGAGGGUUUCUCCUUGCAGUUCCCAGCUUGAUGUGAGAGCAUUCUUACAAAACAUGCACUUGGAUGAAGGUGAGUAUCAGAUGGGGCACACUAAGAUCUUCAUGCGAGAAUCCCAGAAGCAGAAGCUUGACUCUCAGCUUCACCAGACCAUUUUGUCACGCAUUAUCGUGAUCCAGAGAUGGUACCGGACAAUCCACCAGCGGAGGCACUAUCUCACCUUCAGAGCGGCUGUGAUUAGAGUACAAGCGCAUGUUCGCUGUUGGAUAGCCCAACAAAUGUUGGCCAGGAUGCGGCUUAGGGAACAUGCUGCUACUUACAUCCAAAAAGUAUGGCGAGGAAGUAAGGUCCGCAGAUGGUACCAGAACUUCCGAAGGGCUCUCAUUGCAUUCCAGGCUUGCGUACGGGGAGAGCAAGCGAGGCAACGGUACCGCAUCCUCCGUGAGGAAUGGAGACGGCAAAAAGCAGAGGAAGGCCGGAGAAGACUGAAGGAGGAGGAGGAGUUGUCGGUGACCUCAGUUACCACAGUAGGAUCCAUUACCUCAGUCCCUGUCGUUGAAUCGUCAGAACCUGCUCAACCCCCUCCCCGAAGACGGUCAACGUCCGUGGUUCAGAAUGCACCAGCCCAUAAACUACACAGAAGACAAAGUGAACAGCUAAUUGGUGAGCGUAGACUAUCAGAAAGCCAGCAGCCAUACAACCAGGAAAUGAGGAGGCUAAGUGAGACAGCUGUUCCCCUGAGAAGAUCUUCCCAUGGAAGUACAGUGGUCCAGGUUCAAACUCGGCAUAGUGAAGAUAGUCAAGGGGGACCAUCACCCCCUUCAUCACCAAGUAUUGCAGACGGAGAGAAAACAGUUGUGAAAGCCAAGUCCUUCCGACAUCGUCCUUAUUCCAAAGUUCCUCUGGCAAACCAGUCAGCUGUUACUCCGUCAGGCAAAAGAGAGGGCAGUAUGAGUGAAAGUGAGGAUGCCAUGUCAUAUGAGUCGCAACCACAGACGCCCACCAGCCCAGGCGACUACCAGCCCAGCUUCUCGGCAGAGAUUAGCUCCUCGGAUGUAUCUGCCCCGGUCGUGAAGGGGAGGUGUGCCAGCAGUGGGAGUGGCCAGCAAGGAGCUUCCUCAUGGGAGCUGCGAGGAGAGGAGCCACGGGCCAAAGAACCCCUCAAGCCCUCAUCCAGUCUGCCAGAUGUGGUGCAGGGAUUUUCCAGCAUGGAGCCAGCUGGAGUGCAGGGAGCAGCGUCCUUGCCGCUGUCUGUGGUUGGGGGUGAUACAGAUGCCCUGAAACGCAUCCUAGCAAGCAGUCCGCAUACGCUUAAGCAGUCCACAUUGCUGAAGAAGGAAGUGUGCAUUGCAUGUGACAAACCAUUCACAAGCUUCUUCAUCAAUACAGGCUACAAGUGUUUAGGUUGUAAGAAGGUAUUCCACCCACGUUGCAUUGAGGCCUCCCUCACCAUCGGCUGCCAGGAAGUGUCAGGUGUUGGUAAGGAGAAUGCUAGCCCGUCCAGCAAGAAGCCCAAGAGACUUGACCAGGAGGACAACUGGAAUGUCACUCGAACAUCAGAGUUCAUUGACAAGUCAGAUGAGGUCAUUAAGGAUGCAGAUGAGCUCAGAAGGCUUGAGGAAUUCAUCACACGAAAGUUGUUCCAACUGGAAGAGAAGGAGAGUGAAAAGUCAGAUACACGCACACAGAGCUUGGACCGCAGCUUCUCUCGUGAGGCACCCACACGUGACCUGGAAGUAAGUGUUCGGCUAAGGGACCGCAAGGACUCCCUUGUUGACCAGAUGUUCUGCCAGUCAUUGCGAGAGUUCAAGACCAACCUUGUAUCAACAUACAGUGUAGCCUUCCAGAAGGAGUCCAACUUAGCCCUCAAGUACAAGGAUCUUAUUAAGAACUUUGAACAGGUAAUGAACACCGUUUGUAAAGAAAAGAUGGGCAAUGAUACCUUCCCAGUCACAAUGGGCGUGAAUGCGUUCCGAGGUUUCCUGGAUGAGUUCAUCCGGGAGAAAAAGAAGCCCAUUGAAGAAAAGUCGUUUGUGAAGAAGAGAAAGAGACACAGACGCAAAAAGAAGAAGGUGGUUAAAAAUGUGGAGGAGUUAGUGUAUGGGGCCCAUAUCUUCACCCACAUCAUGGUGAACAUUCCAACACAGUGUGAAGUGUGCAACUCCUUCCUCUGGCUCUCUAUGAAGGCCCUUACCUGCCAAAGAUGUAAAGUGACUUGCCACCAAAAGUGUUACAAAAAGGCUGAUGCCAAGUGUAGUCAUGAGGGCCCCAAGCCUGUGGUGGUGGCAACUGGAACCCCACCAACGCGUAACCGGGUCUUCUCUGUCCCCCUGGAAAACCUGGUCAAGCCGGGUGAGAAAAUACCAGGUGUGAUAGACCGUCUCAUCACGAGUAUUGAACUCUAUGGCCUCUACACGGAGGGGCUCUACAGGAAGUCGGGCGCAGCGACAAAGGUAAGAUCAGUGAAGGCACACAUUGAGCGCGAUGCGGACAAUGUUGACUUUACUGACACACCCGUCCACGUCCUGGCAACCAUUGUCAAGUCGUUCUUCCGAGACCUGCCUGAACCCUUGCUCACCUUCGACUGCUAUGAUCCUCUGCUGCAUGCCACGGAGCUUCAGGAUCCAGAUGACCAGCUCCAGACCAUUCUUAACAUUGUCAAGGGCCUACCCAAGCUCAACUUUGACCUGCUCGAGCGACUGAUCUUCCACAUGGUUCGGGUGGCGCUGCAUGAGGAGCACAACCGGAUGAGCUGCAAUGCCUUAGCCAUCGUCUUUGCGCCGUGCAUUCUCCGCAGUCAGCGCUCGCAGACAGUGCAGGAUUCCUUGAAUGACAUUGCGAAGCAGACUUCAGUUGUGGAGAUCAUUAUUGCAAGACAGCUUCAGCAGGUGAGGACAACCUUGCAGGACAUUGAUAAUGUGGACUCGGCAGUGGUCUCAGCAAGCAAUUGCCUCGACUUCAUACGCUAUUCGAAGCACCUGACCCAGAGGAGUGGGCCAGGUGCAAGCGAGGCCUCCAGCCUGCCACGUACUGCCUCGGCAGCCCUGCGCACGGGGAUGUCAUACGAGGCCAGUGAGAAUGACCUCAAGGAGAAGCUGGCUGACCUGCAGGGCACCCGAGAGCGACUGGAGCUGCAGCUGCCGGCUCUGGUGCGCGUUAGCUCCGAGGAGGAUCUGCUCUCCACUGACAUGUCACGCGCUGGCUCCUUAGAGGACAUCCCCGGUACUCCUGCUACUCCUGCCACCCCUGCUACGGCUGUCAGGGGGUCUAGGGACACUGGCUUCUGUGAGGAGUAUGAUGCGCUGUCUGUCACAGAGAACUCGCACCGACUAAGGAGGAAGGCAGAAAUGUCUGACGAGGACCAGAGCGUCACAUCAAGACUCCACCAUGACUAUAGUGACGAUGCUGUGAUGGUAUAGAUGGAAACUGUGUGUGAUCAAAAGACUCCUUUAUAGUUGUAGAUUGUAAGUGUAAUGCAGAAAAGGGGGGAAUAUAUAGUGUUCAAUUUGUUCCAAAAGUGAUUUACAUAAGGUUAACAAGUUGGGAAACUCGCAAAGGUAUGUGUGUUCCUAGAGACAGUUUAAGGUACACAUGCACACAUACACUUGCAUAAAAACACACAAAAGAAAAUGUGUUAUUAAUUGUUCAGUUACUGGAACAAUCAUCAGAAGAAAAAUAUUUAUACAUAUAUAAAUACAGUAUUCCUACAAAAGAGAAGAAAAUGAAAAUGGUUAAAGGAAAAAUACAGCUGUGUACAAUUUGCUUUUUUCUCAUGGUCUGAUGUGCUGUUUUUUGUACUGUUUUGGUUUCUGAGGCAUGUUUGAGAAUCAGCCAAUAUCUCUCUUUUUGAAAGUACAGUGUUACUCUAAAUGCUUUUGUUAUGUUAAAUAAUUGUAAUAAUAAUGAUAGGUUCAUUUUCAUCUUUUUUCAUACAGUAGUGUGUACAAGAAAUGCUUUUGAAAGAUUUUUUUCUACUCUUCUCCAAACUUGUAAUAAUAUUCUCUUUGUAAACUGCAUUGUAAAUAUGUUUGUUUUUUA